AUGUUCAACCAAACUCUAACUCUCAGCAUCGCCCAGAUCGCCCUCCCCGGCAGCGCCGAAGGCUGGACGAUCCUGGUCGACGACCCCAAGGGAACCUGCAACAAGAUGUUCAACGUCGCGCGCGCCAACGAGCCUGGGUACAUCAAUGUCACGAAAAUCGAGACUGAGACUGGAACCGUGCCCGAUAACACCAAUGGUUUGAUGUGGAAGUUGAAGGUCUGCUAUAUCUGGCGGUUGGACAUCGAGAAGGUUAAGGCUGCUGCCAGCGCGGCGAGGCCCGGGAAGACGCCGCACGAGUGUCUGCUUGAGGUCUUUAGGGAGCUUGAGAAUAAGGGGGUGGUCUUUGAGGGGGCGGUGAAGCAGGUUGAGAGGGGGAUUGAGAGGUAUAACGAUUCCGAGUGGGUUAUUUGUUCGAGUGAUCCUGAGGAUGGGUAUACUACAGCUGAGGAAGGGAAGGAGAGGAAGGAUAAGGGGAAGGGAGAGGAUGCCGCAAAAGAGAACAAAAACUAA